AUGCGAAUGAUUCUAGCCCUUUCCGCGAGCGAUAUGCAUCGUCAUGGAUUGGUGGUCAGAUCACCUGGCCGACCGACCGCCGAGGAUCAUGGGAGGUAUCACUACAGUUUGGCUGUCAAGGAGUUCCGGCAACUCCUGGAGACACCCCGGCGGCAUAUUUCCGUGGCUGAGCUUGAGAUUAUCUUUGCCACCAUGUUUUUAAUGGUCACUUAUGAAUGGCAAUUUGGCCAUUCGGUACGACAUCUUCAGCUUCAUUUACACGGCGUGCGCUCGUUACUUGAAUCUCACCCCCAAUUAUUUCGCAUCAAGGAUGUGAAUGACGUAUUUCUCGAUUCUGCAGACGAGAGCUCAUCCCCGGAGGAUACAACUGUCUCAAAAGUUUCAUUCAUCCCCGAGCAAUUUCUGUUAUGGAUGCUAUACAUCGAUGCCAGUUGCCGACCCAUGGGUCUAACGGAAUCACUUUACGAUUAUGUCACUCAAUCCAAUAAUCCCGCACUCCACCCAGAUCACUUACACCAAUGUGCCCGUCUCUGGGGUCGUUGUUUCUGGGGCGAGCAGUACCCGGACCAAGAGGUUCUCGAUGAUAUCGAAAAUUAUCGAGCUCUGGAGUUGCUACAUGCCGGUUUCGCAUUGCGGCACCGAAUAUGGAGGACGUUGGUGGAAUCAGGGUCUGGCACCGAUACCACUGAGUCGGUCUACCGUGAUAUGAUUGCAACACGUGAUAAAUACUCUGACCUUUUUAUUACCGCCAAAUUCGCCGGUGCAGUUUCCGCUCGACGCACUCUCAACACCAUCUACAUGGGCGUGUCCACAUUCUACGCCCAAAUCUUGCUCCACCGAAGGCUACUUUGCGUGGAUAAUCCACCUGCCUCUAUUCACCGACAGGCCACAGUCGGUAUCGUGGACAUUGCUCGUAAGCAAUUUACGGCUGACCCUCGACUGCUGCGACGGCUACAUUGGCCUCUCCUAAUGGCAGUCAUUGAAACUGACGAUGUCAACCAACGUCUUUGGAUCCGCCAACGAUUGUUCGAUUUGCAUGACUUCCAUUCUGAAUACGUUUGGGCUAAUGAGAUAGCCGACCAGAUCUUGGCUCAGCAGGACGUGAGCCAGGGCCGCUACGUCAAUCUCGCGGAGUUCCUUCUUCAGCGCUACCAUUCACCAUAA